CAUUGCAGAUCACUGAUUGGUCAAGAAGAAUUGUCACUACAAGCGUCAUUAAAUUUGCGACACCACACACCCGCAAGAUUCAAAUACGAAAAUAUUUAGCAACCGCAGUAUCGUUUGUUUGGACGGAUUUUAAAUGGCUGUAUCGUGGUGGUCAGUCGACGAGAUACAGACGUUCCUCUCGUUGUUGACAAAGGAGCGGAUCCAGCGAGAGCUAACUGGGGCGACGCGGAAUGAAAGAGUUUUCAAGGAAGUCGCUCAGCUCUUGGUUGCACACGGCUACCAGCGUACACACAAUCAGUGUAGGGAAAAGUUAAAAAAACUAAGAUGCCACUACAGAACCAUAAAGGACCACAACAGCCGGAGUGCUUCGAACAAAAAAACGUGGAAGUGGUUCGACCAAAUGGACGCUAUCUACGGAAGUAGACCGAGGAGCGAUGAGAGGGAGGGUGCCAUGGACCUGGACUCAUUCACGGCGGUCUUGGAGAACACGGUGAAGAAGGAGGAGGCAGCGUCCCCACCAGCACGACCGCAAACACCAACAACCCCCAAGACAAGCAUUAAACUGGAGCAUGUCAGCACAGAUUCAUCGCCUACAGUUGAUUCUUUAGCACUUUCUCCGAGCAGUGACGCCAUAACUUCCCAACUCGUGCUAGCAUUGUCGCCACCAGCACGAACGCCAACACCUCCCAGGACAAGCAUUAAACUGAAGCAUGCGAGCACUGGCAAGAAACGGAAACGGAGCCUGCAUCAGAAGCAUCUUGCUGUUUUAAGAGAGAUGCAGUUGGCUGAUACUCAAUUGCUGGAGCUGAGAGAGCGACAUUUCCAGAUGAUGAUCGAUGAGGCCCGGGAGAUGCGGGAGCAGGAAGCUGCCUUAAGGAGGGAGGAGAGUGCACAAAUGGCUGUGUUCAAUCAAGCCUUCCUCAACAUCAUGGAUAAGCUUGUACAGGUGAUGAGUGGCCAGCGAGAACAGACGAAAUGGACCCUGCACCACCAGGAUCACCUUGAUGUUUUAAAAGAGAUGCAGGCGACUGAUAGUCAACAGCAGGAACUGAACCGGGCUCAAAGAGAGCGUCAUUUCCAGAUGGAAAUCGAUGAGGCCCGGCAAAUGAGGGAGCAGGAAGCAGCCUUGAGAAAGGAGGAAAAUGCACAAAUGGCCGCAUCCAAUCAAGCCUUCCUCGGUGUCAUGGAGAAGCUUGUGCAGGCAAUAAGUGGCCAGCGAGAACAUAACUCUGUGCCAGAAUAAAAACCUGUCUCUUACAUACAAAUUUUUAAGUAAUUCUGCCCCGUGACAUGUUUUGCCGCAUCCCUCAUCCACCCCAUCACCUCAUUCUUAGCUGGUAUCUAUCCCAGUUAAAGAGAAGGGAAGCACUCUAGCUUCGGGCUAAAAUUCUGAGCUCGGGGCCCUCCCCUCGGAUGGUACGCCAAAUAAGCUUUAUCAUAUUUGAUUACAGGUUAAUGCAAAUUUGUGAACUCUAGAAAACAGUUUUAUACUAUAUACAUGUUUGCACAUUGUAUAAAGUUUGCUUAGCCAACAUUUUUAAGUUGUUGUAUUCAUAUAUUCCUUAUGUAUAUAUUAUGUAUAUUGCACUACAUACAUUUGCACAUUGGUUAAAGUUUGCCUUUGUGUUUUUCUUGAAUAAAAAUACACUGGUCAAACAUG